AUGGGUUGGAAGGGGGUGAAAAGCGCAUUGCCCUCCAAGGGCAUGAGCCUGUUUUCAUCAAAACGAAAGGCAUCUAAGAAUGAUUUCGUUUUGCAGGAGAAGAACCAGUCUGGUUACUUUUCCGGCGGCAACAGCGGUGCCACCACUCCCACAACGUCAGCACUUGAGGGCACGCUGAGCCAAAUGUUUGACAAACUUCGGGAUGAUUCGAGGGAUGAGAAGGACGCACUUGGCGUCGAGUCGACAAUGGCAUACCUCCAAGAUCUCGGCGUUGACAUCGAGAAUGCCGAGAUGCUUGUAGUGGCGGAGCUUCUUCAGUCGCCGUCUAUCGGAGCGAUCACGAGAAAAGGUUAUGUCGAUGGUUGGAAGUCCACUGGUCCUGCAGCCAGCCAAGCGCACGCCUCGCAUAUCAAAUCGCUGGUUAGCAACCUCGCAUCUGAUCCUGCCUACUUCAAAAAGGUAUAUCGGUACACUUUUGUUGCCAGCAAGGAAGAAAACCAGAAAGCGGUCGCCCUCGACGUGGCAAAGGUGUACUGGAGCGUCUUGUUUUCACCCCCGGGUUGGCAAUGGAAGACCAAGUCCCAGGACUGGCUCCAGCUGUGGACGUCAUUCUUGGAUGAGAAGUGGACUCGCUCCGUCAACCGCGAUAUGUGGAACAUGACUCUUGAGUUUGCUACCAAGACGAUGUCCGACGAGACGUUGUCAUUCUGGAACGAAGAUGGAGCGUGGCCCAGCGUAAUUGAUGAUUUUGUGGCAUGGUGCAAAGAAAAAGGAGUCGGUAAGGCCGAGUCGAUGGACCCUGACGCCUAG